AUGGCCCUAGCAGGGCAACAGCAAGCACAGAAUCCCACUUCAACUACGAGCAACACGACACCAAGUGCCGAGUUUGUCUUUCCGAAAAGCUACCACUUCCCGCCGUUCUUCAGUCCACAACCCACGGCGCUGACGCGACAGGCGCAACUGAAGAAAUGGUCAGUAUUCAUCCAACGGUAUUGCCAGCACCACAGAAUAUUUCAGAUACAACUCAUCGAUGUUCUCGAUAGCCCGUUGUUUCACAAUAGUACGUUGAAGAAACGCCUCAGCCUGAAAGACGCCAAGGCCGUCAUCGACUACAUGGUGAGUAAGGAUGGCGACGAGCGCGCGGAAUGGCUUGGUCCAGAGAAGUCGGCGGCUUGGAUUUGGUGGCGAAAGCCGGAGGAAUGGGCAAACGUAAUCGCCAAUUGGGUCGACGAGACUGGCCAAAAAGGAACAGUUCUCACGCUCUACGAACUGGUCCAGGGUGAAACCACCGAGAAGCAGGAUUUCUACGCCAUGGACAUGGACGUGCUCCGAAAGUGCCUUGGUACUCUCGUCAAAAAAGGCAAAGCACAGGUUUUUGGUACAGACGAUCAACAGGGCGUCAAGUUCUUUUGA